CCGCAGCCUCAGCGCCCGCGGCCCCGGCAGGCGCGUCGGGACGCCCGGAGGCAUCCUCCCCCCUCCCGUCACCCCGGGAGCCUGGGCUCCGGUCCGCCCUCCCGCAUCCCCUAGCCGUGCGCACCGCCGCGCCUCCUCCCGGGCUUCAGACCCUCGGCCUCGCCCCCGAAACAUGACUCGCGAUUUCAAACCUGGAGACCUCAUCUUCGCCAAGAUGAAAGGUUAUCCUCAUUGGCCAGCUCGAGUAGAUGAAGUUCCUGAUGGAGCUGUAAAACCACCCACAAACAAACUACCCAUUUUCUUUUUUGGAACUCAUGAGACUGCUUUUUUAGGCCCAAAGGAUAUAUUUCCUUACUCAGAAAAUAAGGAAAAGUACGGCAAACCAAAUAAACGAAAAGGCUUUAAUGAAGGUUUAUGGGAGAUAGAUAAUAAUCCGAAAGUGAAAUUUUCAAGUCAACAGGCAUCAGCUAAACAAUCGAAUGCGUCAUCUGAUGUUGAAAUUGAAGAAAAAGAAACAAGUGUUUCAAAGGAAGAUACUGACCAUGAAGAAAAAGCCAGCAAUGAGGAUGUGACUAAAGCAAUUGACAUAACCACUCCGAAAGCUGCCAGAAGAGGGAGAAAGAGAAAGGCAGAAAAACAAGUAGAAGCUGAGGAGACAGGAGUAGUGACAACAGCAGCAGCAUCUGUUAAUCUGAAAGUGAGUCCUAAAAGAGGCCGACCUGCAGCUACAGAAGUCAAGAUUCCAAAACCAAGAGGCAGACCCAAAAUGGUAAAACAGCCCUGCCCUUCAGAGAGUGACAUGGUAACUGAAGAAGACAAAAGUAAGAAAAAGGGGCAAGAAGAAAAACAACCUAAAAAGCAGCUUAAAAAGGAUGAAGAGGGCCAGAAAGAAGAAGAUAAGCCAAGAAAAGAGCCAGACAAAAAAGAGGGGAAGAAAGAAGUUGAAUCCAAAAGAAAAAAUUUAGCUAAAACAGGGGUUACAUCAACCUCUGACUCUGAAGAGGAAGGAGAUGAUCAGGAAAGUGAAAAGAAGAGAAAAGGUGGAAGAAGCUUGCAGACUACCCAUAGAAGGAACAUGUUGAAAGGCCAACACGAGAAAGAAGCAGCAGAUAGAAAACGCAAGCAGGAGGAACAGAUGGAAACGGAGCAGCAGAAUAAAGAUGAAGGAAAGAAGCCAGAAGUUAAGAAAGUGGAGAAGAAGCGAGAAACAUCAAUGGAUUCUCGACUUCAGAGGAUACAUGCCGAAAUUAAAAAUUCACUCAAAAUUGAUAAUCUUGACGUGAAAAGGUGUAUUGAGGCCUUGGAUGAACUUGCUUCACUUCAGGUCACGAUGCAGCAAGCUCAGAAACACACAGAGAUGAUUACAACGCUGAAAAAAAUACGGCGAUUCAAGGUUAGUCAGAUUAUCAUGGAAAAGUCAACAAUGUUGUAUAACAAGUUUAAGAAUAUGUUUUUGGUUGGUGAAGGAGAUUCUGUGAUCACACAAGUGCUGAAUAAAUCUCUUGCCGAACAAAGACAGCAUGAGGAAGCAAAUAAAACCAAAGAUCAAGGGAAGAAAGGGCCAAACAAAAAGCCGGAAAAGGAACAAACAGGUUCAAAGACUCUGAAUGGAGGAUCGGAUGCUCCAGACGGUAACCCAGCACAGCACAAUGGGGACAGCAGCGAAGAAAGCAAAGACAAGCACGAGGCCAGCAGUAAGAAAAAGCCAUCCAGUGAAGAGAGAGAGGCUGAACUAUCUCUGAAGGAUUCUACACUAGACAACUAGGUUGACGUACCUGGAAUAUAAAGAACACUUGAGAAAUUUGUAAUGGUUUUCAUUUGAAAUAUUUAGACUGCUGAAAGUUUUAAAUUUUUAUAAGCAUAGGUUUUGAUGUUGAAAACUUGUUUUGAGGGAGGAAGAUCCCUUUAUAUUUGUUUAAAAGUGAUUAAAACAUUAUUGCUAAUUGUACUUGUGCAGUAUUAACAGCUACAUUAUUAAGUACAUGUAAGGGAAUAUUCAUUUAGGAAAUGUUAAACUGCUUUUCCAGACAUUGGUUGUAGCAUAAUUUCAAUUAGUGUGUGUAUGUUAAUGUGUAAUUGAUAGUAGGGAAAAAGUUACAUUUUUAAAACUGCUACUUGUAUAAACCUUUCCUCUUUCCCAAAUACUGUGGGUUUUGUGCAUAGUUUUUACAGAUAUUGGAUUUACCAGAGUUGUCUUUUCACUGUUUGUGGGUUUUGUAGAAGUUAUGCAUUUUUAUGGUAGAUAAAAUGUUACUUCUAUACAAGUACUCACUACUUUUAUCAAAAGUUAAUUUUAAUCUCAGUCUACACAUUGUGCUACAUUAUUAUCCUGCUGCUUUGUAACAAUUUGUGGUCCAUAUGCCUUUUUGUAUGACAACUAGAUAUCCAACUGACAUUGAACUGACAAUUCUACAAGGUACAAAACUCGUGUUAACUUUUGAAGGUAAUUUAGGUUUUAUGGCUGGGAAUUAGUGAAGUCACAUGACUUCCUGAAGAAAGUAGAAUAGGUAUGUAUAGGAACGAAUCUGGCUUUAGGAUUCAACCAUCUAAGAUCCUUUACAGGCACUAGUAGCUAAAACUAAAAACUAAAUGAUAAAAGUUUAUUUUUGAGAACUGUCUCAAGUUUCUGAAUUUUUAAAAAGUCACACUCAUUUAAGGAAGUCACUAAGUAUUUUUUUAAUUGGGGAAAAAAAUCCACGGUUCUUAUGCAGUAAGUAGAAGUAAAUACUAUAUAAGAAAACUAACCUAUUUGAAAACAUGGCUAUAUCAGAAGAUGUUAUUUAGAGAUCCUGCAUGUGACAGAACUGUAAGGAGUAGAAAAUACAUGUUGCUCUGAGGCAGGCAGACACAGUAAAGGAGUACUGGACAGUCUGUAUAUUCAUAUAUAUAGACUUGAGUCAGGGUAAACCAAGGUUAACAAAACGUAAGGAUAACUUAACAGAUAGCAUUUCUAAGAUAUUUUGAAUAUUAGGUCAGUUGGUGGUUUUGAGUAGCUAAGACACUUCUCAUGUUUUGAAACUAUGAAUAUGGGGAAAAGGCUUAUUCCUAAUACCAGUGUUUGCAUGUGACACGCAUUGUAUGUUUUGACCUCUCAGGUAAUUGCUUUCAUCUAUAGAUGAAGUCUGAACUAUUUCAGUAAUUGGGGUUUUGCUUUUUGAGAGGUCUUACAAUGGAUCCAGGACCCAAUAUUUUGAGGGAACUAUUGAUAUUACGUUAUAUCUGGUCCUGAAUACAACUUAAAUUUGGACAGAUUUAUUCUAGUUAAGCCAUAAGUGUCAACAUUGUAAACUUGUUUUGAUUAAAGGAUUUUUCUAUCAAA